GAACAAUUUCUUUUAUUUCACUUGUCAUGGUUAUAGCUUUUUGACCAUAAACUUGUACUUUACACCCCAUGACUGCAUCAAAGGUUACUGUGAAGCCAGUUGACGCCACUUAUGCUCAAAUUAUCUGUGAUCUCGGAAAACGCACAUUUCGUGAUACUUACAGUGCUUCUUCAACGCCGCAAAAAGAUUUAGAAGUAUGUAUGAACGAGAAUUACAACUACGAUAUACAGCGCAAGGAGCUUAGCGAUCCAGCUAUGCAUUCAUUUAUCGCUUUUGAUGAGCACGGUACUGCGAUUGGAUUUGCACAGCUUCGGCAGAGAAAGGACAACUAUGAUUUCAUUGGUGAUAAAGAGGCUGUUGAACUGCAAAGAAUUUAUGUGGAUAAAGAGUUUACGGGUAAGGGGGUUGGCAAAGCACUUCUAUCUGCCGCUCUCGAAAAGGCGAAGGAACUCGGUAAAAGAACCAUUUGGUUAGGCGUUUGGGAACACAAUUUCAAGGCUAUGGCUUUCUAUGAAAGCUUUGGCUUUUACAAGGCAGGAAGGCACAUAUUCAAAGUUGGGGAUCAGCAAGAUUUAGAUUUUGUUUACGCAAAGAAACUUUAAUACUUCCUAGAUUUACCAAUAUAAUUUCAAAGAUGCUUCUGAAACCAAGGAUGUACAUUCAACGCUAGCGAGACAGGAUCAUAAAUAAUACGACUGGAGCAGUUAAUAGAAUUGAACUAUAAUUAACAUAAUCGUUUUCUUAUUGUUGGUUUACGCUAGAUAUAAUACUGUUUGACCUUUCUUUUAGUAGAUUACAAUAAGAGUGUGUGUUCAGUAGCUUUCAAGAUAAUAGUGAAAAGGCUGGUUAUUUUAAAUGAGUAAAAUAGUUUUGAAGUAUUGUAGCAAAAAUUGAGAGGGCACAUUGUCAUUAAAUAUAGUUUACAGGAUCGUCUUUCACAUCAGUCCCCGAGUGACUACAAUAACUUGGCUGUUUAAGUUAAGAAUUAAGUAUAGUUUCUUACAAAGAAUACCAUUAAGCUUCUGAAAAAUCCAAAUUAAUGUGCUU